GCGCACAACAAUGCCCGCAAGAAAGUCGUUUUCUCUGUCUCUGUCUCUGUCCUUGCUCCUGCUCCUGCUCCUGCUCCUGCUCCUGCUCCUGCUUCUGCUCCUGUCCCUGCUCCAGUCCUUGCUCCUGCUCCUGCUCCUGCUCCUGUCCUUGCUCCUGUUCCUGUCCCUGCUCCUGUCCCUGCUCCUGUCCUUGCUCCUGCUCCUGCUCCGGCUCCGGCUCCUGUCCUUGCUCCUGCUCCUGUCCUUGCUCCGGCUCCUAA